CCUCUUCUUACUUCAAACUAACUUCUAGCCACAAAUACAAACUCAUCCAUAUUCAUCUCUCACUCUUAUACACCAAACUAAGACCAUGAUUCCGGCAGAAAUCACCGGUUACUUCCAAUACCUAUCGCCGGAAAACUUAACCACGAUCCCAGCAGAGUUCAACAUAAUAGACAUGCCCUCGUCUCCAACCUCUUCCUCUUCAUUAAACUACCUAACCGAACUCAUCAACAACAACUAUUCCUCAUCAUCCAACGGUCAAGAUGUCAUGACGAGCAACAACUCAACUUCCGACGAAGAUCAUCAUCAUAAUCAUCGUCAGAGCAUCAUUAUACUCGACGAGAGGAAGCAGAGGAGGAUGCUUUCAAACAGAGAAUCUGCGAGGAGGUCGAGGAUGAGGAAACAAAGACAUCUUGAUGAACUCUGGUCUCAGGUGAUAAGGCUUCGCAACGAGAACAACUGUCUUAUCGAUAAGCUGAACAGCGUAUUGGAAACUCAAGAUAACGUAUUGAAGGAGAACUCUAAACUCAAAGAAGAAGCUUCUGAUCUCCGACGGCUUGUAUGCGACCUAAAAUCUAACAAGAACAACAACAGUUUUUAAGAGAGUUCGAAGAAGUUUAGUGUUUCUUCAAGUUGAAUCGGGAGGGGCAGAGAUUUUGAGAUUGUGUUGUUCGGUUUCAACAGAAAAAAAAAGGUUCGGAUGUUGGGUUAUGGUUGGUUCUCGAAUAUAAAGUUGGUAAUCAUGUAUCAUAUUUGUAUUAUGGUAUGAUCGAUCAUAGUAUAUAUACUUUAAAGUUAAAUAACGUAA